AUGUGCACAAGUAUUCCAGCACCAGGGGAGUGUGUGGGUCCCCAGGAGGCUGCCCCCAGGAGCCAGCCCAGCCUGGAAAUCCCUCAGGAGAAGCUGGACCCCCCUGGAGCAGAGCAGGACUCCAGCAGGGGGGAUCCUGCAGCCCAGGAGGAGCUGAGCUCAGGGGGGGAUGCAGUGAGCCCCCCAAAGCCCGGGGCUGAUGGACACACUGAAAAGGGGGGCAGUGCCCCAGAGGAGAGCCAGGAGUGGCAGAACAACAGCAGCAUGUCCCCUGUCCUGGAGAAAGGGUCCCCUGAAGCCUGCCUGGAAAUUCCUCUUGAGGACAGGAUGGAGCUUCCCCAGACUCGGGCUGGGCUGGAGUCCUACAGAAACCCCCUGAUGAUGGAGCUGCUGUGGUUGCAACAAGCCAUUGGCAGCAGGAAAAACUUCUUGAUGCUGAAGCAGAAGCUGGGGAGUCCAGACCUGUAG